AUAAUCAAAGUUAAAUAUGGCCCCGGUAAACCGACUCCGUUCGUAUGGAAAUAAGAACACUUCUAUUCUUCAGAAAUCCCGUUCAGUAAGUGUUUUUAAUGAUUUAUUUGCUAAAAAUAUUCAAAGACGGUUAAAAAGAAAGCCAACAAGACAUGAAAAUAUUGUUCCUGAACUGCCACCAAGGACUACACCAGAAUUAACAGUUUUUGAAGACACUCUACAUGUAUCUACAGAAGACACAUUUGACAAGUUAAGGAGGGGACCAAUUUCUAAUAACGUUAAUAUAGUGGAUUCUUACCAUCGUAUCCAUUCAUCAGACAGUGACAUUUCAAAAUCUAAAAUUAAUAUCAGCACUAAUAUUGUUGAGCCUUCAAAAACAAAUAUAGUACAACGAAGAAAAAGGCCCAGGAAACAGAAACCUUUGUUGGUGGAUAAGACUGAGGAAAUUGCUCCAACAUUACCAGAUGAAACACCAGAGUCACAGAGAAUUGAGGAAAGUUUAGAAGUGGUAUGCGAAGCUAAAGACAAAAUGUUAAAUGUGACUCCGAUGUUUCCAAAACCUAAGAAGACUGAUAAAUCUGACAUAUUUAUAAGUAACAGUAGUUUCCAACCAAAGAUAUUCUCUAGCACUCCACUUAUAAAAAGGCCUAGCAAAUCACAAAGAUCUCUAAGGGGAAGGCCCACACAAUUAAAUGUAAACAAUAAACUUCUCCUAGAGGUGUCCUAUGGUGAAAUACAAAAAUGGGAUAUAAAACCACCAGAAAUUCAGUCAUUUGAUGUACAAAAAUCAGUUGUAUUUCCACAAAUUCCUAAUUCAGUUGAAAUUGUAGACUUUGAGUGUUCAUUUAAAGAGUUUUACAAAUCAGAAAUUAGUACAGAUAAAUUAAUUAAUGUAAGUAACAAAACCAACUCUCCAUGUUCUUUCAAUAAAUCUUUAAAUGUAUCAGAGAAAGUGAAGAGUCUAAAAAGUUAUAGUAAUCAAACCAAGAAAAACUCUAUUAAUAGCACAAUUAAUAGUGGAUAUGUACAUAAAAAAUAUAAGAAAAAUGUAAAAUUAAAGUCCCUGAUUGUUAAGUUACCCAAAAUAUGUAUAACUGAAGGCAAUAAUGAGCUUACUAGUAAAUUUGAAACGAGUACUAUGGAUUUAUCACAGUCACAGAUAAAUGAUCCUAUUGCAAUUACUCCAAACUGGAGAAAUAGCAUGCAAAUAUCCACAAAUGAAGUUGAGCAAAAGAAAACUGACAACUUUGCCACACUCUCUAUUGAUAUACAUAAGAAUAGUUUUGAGAAGACUUGUGCAUUGUUCCAUAAUGCCUUUAACAGAAACGCAGAAGAUUCAAAAUCAGAACAAAGUGCUAUAACUAAGAGAAAAUAUUCACGCAAUAAAUGCUCAAGUUCAUUACAAUUAGAUGAUGUUUCAAUCUGUGGGGACAAUAACAAUAAAGUUGCUAUUUUACAACCAUACAUAAAUCUGACAUUACAUAAUUUUCAAGACAAAUUUAAUUUUAGUAACGACAGUGUGUUGCAACAAUCAAAUGCACUCUCAUUGCUUGAUCUCAGUAAAUUUGAAUUAGAAAAGUGGAAUGUUCGACAACCGAUUAUAAAUUUGACUUCAAAUAAUUUUGAUCACUUCUAUAAAAACAACAUAAUAUCUAAUAUAGAUUCUAUAAAUAAAACAUGUAAUCAGCCAGUCAUAAACUUAACAAUACACAAUUAUGAACAUCUCUUACAACAAAAUUAUGAAAUAUCACAUGAUGAUGAAGAAGAAAUGGUCACCAAAGAAAAAUAUACUAAUGCUGGUAGCAUUACCAUAAGUUCAGAAGAGUGUAGUAUUAUAAAUGUUUUAAACACCCCUCAAACAAGAAGUAAAACAAGGAUACAAAGACAAACUGUAGAUAAUUAUAAUUCCUCCACAGAAGAAUCAAGAAAAUUACUACAACCGAAAUGGGCAGGGGAUGAUAGUAAUUCCACUGAAGAAGAAUCAAUAAGAACAAGAAACCAAAAACAAGAAAGAAAUUAUAAUAAUUCAUUUACAGAAGAAUCAAGAAAAUCGCAAAGAACAGUAGAUGACCAUAGUUCUUCUAUAGAGGAAUCAAAAAUAGAAUUUGAAGCUAUUGAUAAGAGUAUAAUUAAAAAUACUUCGUCUCAACUUCACAAACGACGUAGGCGUUGUUUCCAGCCAAUACCAACUCCACGUCAGUCACGUAUAUCUAAGAAAAUCUUUAAUCAAGACAAAUCAAAUCAUUCUUUAACUGAUUGUCCACCCGAGUUUGAAAAUGAUUCUUCUGACAAGGAGAACAUUUCGUGCCAUGCGAUAAAUAAAAACAAACUUGAAAGUGCCGGAUCAUUUUCAAAAUUAAAUGGUCAAGGUGAGUUAGAAAGUAAAUCUAUUCAAAAACUUGCCGAAAAGGAUAAUGAAAAAGAAAAUAGAAUAUUAACCGACAGCACUAUAAGGCAUUCUUCAGUUGCUAAUGAAAAGGAAGUUAGCGUGGAUGAGGAUUGUUUUGUGAUUCCAAAGAGUACUUUGACUAAAGUUUGCCCCCUGAAAGCGGGAAAGUCGUGGAGAAGAUCCUACAGUCAAUAUAAGCGAAGCAGCACCUUAUUUACCAAUGAGUCAAAGCCGAAAAUCUCGAUGUUUGAACCCACCAGGUCAACACAAAACGCUAACAAUGUGUCAUCAACGUGUCGCUUCUCUAUCAGAGUGAUACCCAUAUCCGUUAAACUUUCCAGACGGACAUCGAUUUUGGAAUCUUAUGCUCACACAAGUAUCAUCGAGGAGCGCUUGGAAAACGGUGUCAGGAAUUUGUCGAUAAAUCCGAGGAAGUCGCAAUUGCCGAGAUCGCUGUCUGUCGUCACCGCCAGGGAGGUCGUAUUACGAAGAUGCGGACAAACGGAACCAUUACCAUUCGAAACAUGUUAUCCCAACAGUAUCCUACAGAAUUGUCAGAAGAUCGGAGAGGGCGUUUAUGGCGAAGUGUUUCUGUACAAGAACACAAAUGGAGGCACUUCGGUGAUGAAAGUCAUUCCUAUAGAAGGCGACCUAAUAGUUAACGAUGAAAGACAGAAAAAAUUUGAGGAGAUAAUAUCUGAAAUUGUAAUUUCUAUGGAGUUAAGCGGUUUGCGUCAUAAUAAAAAGAACAAUACUAAUGGAUUUGCUGAAGUACAGAAAGUGAGAUGCGUUCGUGGACGCUAUCCUGAACGUUUGCUGGACUUGUGGAGCCUGUAUGAAGAAACCAGAGGUUCUGAAAAUGAUUCCCCAGAGAUUUUUGGGGAGGAUCAGCUAUACAUUGUCCUCGAACUAGCUAACGCGGGAAAAGAUUUGGAGGCUUACAUCUUUAAUAACGCCCAACAGGCUUACUCCAUGUUUAAACAGGUCGCAUAUACUCUUGCGGUAGCUGAGAACGAGUUAAAAUUCGAGCACCGAGACUUGCAUUGGGGUAACGUGUUGUUAUCCACUGUGGACCGGCGUGAGAAACAAAUUUUUAAGCUGGAUGGUCACAAUUACGAAGUAAAUACAUACGGGGUUUCCGUGGCCAUAAUCGAUUUUACUUUAUCGCGCAUCGAACACGACGGAUGCGUCAUUUUCAACGAUCUUAGUCUUGAUCCGGAUCUAUUUACUGCCGAGGGGGACUAUCAAUUUGAAAUAUAUAGACAAAUGCAAAAGAAAAAUGGCAACCAGUGGCAUCAUUUUGAGCCUUACACAAAUUUAUUGUGGUUACAUUAUAUCCUGGACAAGGCCGUAACCAUAUUACGUUACAAGAACAAAACGUCUAAGCUGCACAAACAAUAUAUUACCAAAAUGUGUUCUAUAAAAAAUGAUAUUUUAAACUACAACAGCGUUAAAAAUUUUGUCCUGGACAUGAAAUUAUAGUACAACCAAUAAAAUAUAUAUUUACGACACGCUGCUGGCGAAUUUUAACAGUUUUUUAAAUAUAUUUGAAUGUUUUACAUAGUUUUAUAUUUAUUGAAUAUAAAUCUUUAAUUUC